CCGCCCACUCAGUCACUGAAAGAUACCAGGAAAUGCACGGCAGAGACUGUAAACGAAACAUACUCACACACACAUGCACGCUGAGCUGGACUGGACUGGAUCACAGAGACUGACAGUAGAAGUUUGAGGACAACAUGUCAGCGUGUGUGUUCGCCUUCAUUCUGACACUGUCAGCGUUAAGCAGAGCCACAGUGGAAUCAGGAUUCGUCAGCACACCCACUAAUGUCACUUUGACUUCCUACAACAUGAACCUGGUGCUGAGGUGGAGUCCACCUGAAGGAGCAGCCAGCAACCUGCUCUACUCAACUGAGUAUAAAACGUCAGUCACAGACUACUCAGUAGGAUUUGUCAACAUCUCCGCGCUGGAAUGUGACUUUACUCGCCUCAGCCAUCUCUUCAUCUCAGAGCACGGAAAGUACUCUGGCAGAGUGCGAGCACAGGUGGGAUCAGAGACUUCUGCCUGGGUGGAAAGUAACAGCAUUACCUUGGAUAAAGACACCAUCAUUGGUUCACCCAAUGUCUCUGUCAUCUCCAGUGGAGCUACUAUUGAAGUCAGCAUUAAAGAUCCAGUGUUUGCCAUCUCCGCACUCAGGAAUGUGUACAUUUAUGCCACUUACAACAUCACUUACUGGAAGCACAGCCAGCCGGAAAAGGCCAGACACAUCAGCAAAGUAAGGCAAAACCCAUUGGUUCUGAAUGACCUGGACCCAUGGACUAAGUACUGUGUCCAAGUUCAAAUCAACACAGAGAGGAACCCCAUACCCAGUAAGCCUAGUGGGAUUGUCUGUGAGAGAACCACCAAUGAGGAAGAAGCUGAUUGGGUGCCAGCGUUGGUGACACUGAUCUUCUCCGUAGCAGCGAUGGCUCUGGUGGUGAUCGUAGUGGUGUAUCGAAAGAGUAUCUCCAACAUUCUGUGUCCAAAAGAUGCACUGCCCCAGCACUUUAAAGAGUACCUGUUGACACCCCACAAGGUCAGUAUUAUCACAGACGACACCUCGGAGGACGGGAGCCCUCUGGAAGCAACAAAGAUGACCUGCAGCAAACAGUUGGAUGUCACAGUGUCUGUGGACGACAGGACGAGAGACUUAACAGCCAGUGAGGAACAGUGAAAUAUUCUUUCCUCACUCUACCACUAUUGUAGGUAGUGCUUAUGCUAGGUGCUACAAGAUGCUCAUCCACUUGUUUUUGAGAAGAAUUCUGUAUUUUAAAAAUACAUUUUGUGAAGUUUUUAUAGUUUGGGUUGGUUUUCCUCCCUGUGGCAAUAUGAUGGUUGAUGUGAACUGUAUUGUGAGUGUCUUUAAAAUGUCACGUUUCUGCAUGACUGCCAUUGUUAAUUGAAAGUGAAAUAAUAAAAAUAUUUUCUGAG